CGAUUGAAUCUCGUCUCUCUCAACCCUGGCAGUUGCCGCAGCAUCCGUUCCCCACUUCCAGCCCCCAGAGCUAUGUUUGAUCCUCUCUAACUGCACGCCCUGAUCCUGCCACAAGGGGUGCAUUUGGAAUCCUUUCUUCCAGCCACAAUUUCGAUUGCUGGCCAGGGUCGCUUCUCGCGCCUCGAGACCAGGAUCAAUUCGACCGCAGCUCCUCUCACUAUUCUAUUGCCGUCACAUCCCUCCCCAUCCCGCACUUGCAUCCGCUCUCGGGAUUCACACACUCCUAGCUCUCAGUUCGGUUCGGUUCGGUCUGCUCCGCCUUGCUUGCCGUCUGCUGCAUCCCCCGCUGCUUCUGGCCCAACUGCCACAUUCCAUCGCCCUUUCUUGUCUGCAACGACGUUGUCCUCUCUUGGUCAAGAAGACUAUGGCUACCUUCCAAACAGAAUUUUGGGUCAAGGGACUGGAGAUUCCCAAAACAUCGAUCAGCCCCAAAGACAUUGCCGCUCGAGACGCUCUCGUAUCGCUCGAGGCCCUCGAACGCUCGAGCGAUCCCCAGCGCCUGUUUGUCUGUUCCUGUGCAGACUCCUCCGAGCACCAGGACGAUAAUACCAGCUCCGACACACUCAGCCAUCGAAAUUGCUCUCCAAAGACCCUCAGCCGAAAGCGGCUGAUCCACCGGCUGUUCAUGCAGCUGAGCCAGCACGAGCCGACAUCGCCUCCACCCAAGGAUCGAGCAACAGGCUUGGGCCUGUCGAUUGCCAACGUUCUGCGCUCCUCCAAACGUGGCCAUCGGUCCAAGCCGGUGUUCAGCCGCGACGAUUCGGACUCCCCGUCAACGGCAACGACGACGGCGACGACCACGGCUUCAUCCUCGUCCCUGUCGUCGCUAUCGCCCUCCCCGGUAUCGUCGGCUCCAGUGUCGCUCUCCUCAUCACCAACAUCUCCAACAGGCCGUGUCCGCAUGACGCUCGGCGGCCCGUCCGUCCACGCUCCCAGGCCGAUGGUGGACUCUCGGAAUGCCUCGCCAGAGAGAGCGCUGGCUCGCCCAGACAGCCCAACACAUCAUCACCGGGCCUGCCAGAAUCAGUCUCACCAGCAGCGCCCAGAGAGUCCGCCUCAGCGCGACGGGCAUGGGUUCCAGGACAGUCAUGAGUUGGACCAUCCCGGGCGGGCAGACUCGCCGCAUCAUCCCGAACAGCGACACCCGCCUCACACGGACGGCGUUAACAAAGCCAUCGCAAAGCUCCUGCUGGUGCCCCAGACGCUCCAUCCCAAGACGAAAAAGCCGUCUGUCGACGAACCUGCCUGUACCUUGCACGAAAAGUAUGGCGACUGCAUGGUCACAGGCGUUCUUGGCCGAGGUGCAACAGCCUGCGUGCGUCUCGUCGUCGUCAAGGAGCAGACGGGGGACGCUGUCGUCGAGAAACUGCUUGCCAUCAAGAAAUUUCGCAAGAAGAGAAGGGAUGAGUCUCUCAAGGAAUACAUCAAGAAGCGAACAAGCGAGUUCUGCAUCUCCUCAAGCCUGCACCACAUCAACAUUGUCGAAACCCUGGAUUUGGUCAUCGACGAGGACCACGACUGGUGUGAAGUCAUGGAGUAUUGCUCAGGUGGCACAUUGUUCGAUGUCCUCCAAGAAUACAAAUUCAAGAGCCAGGAUAUAUCAUGCUGCUUCAAGCAACUGAUGGAAGGAGUCCGGUACUUGCACUCCAUGGGCGUGGCCCAUCGCGAUUUGAAGCCCGAAAACCUCUACUUUGAUGGGCAAGGCAACCUGAAGAUUGGUGAUUUCGGGGUCUCGGAAGUCUUCCAGACGGUUUUCGAGCAAUCGCCUCAUCUGUCCAAAGGGCUGUGCGGCUCCGCUCCUUACAUCGCUCCUGAAGAGUUCAUGGGACUGGAAUACGAUCCCAGAGAAGUGGAUGUCUGGGCAUGUGGUAUCAUUUACUAUACCAUGAUAUACAUGAACUUCCCGUGGGCGCAUGCCACGGACGAUGAUUCGCGAUACCAAAAGUUCCUGAGGUCGCGCAACGGCCAGUAUGCACCCAUCGACGGCUUACCAGACGAAUGCAGCUCGGUGCUGAACCAGAUUCUGGAGCCCGACCCGCGCCUCCGCAUAACGGUCUCGGGCAUCCUGGCGACGUCGUGGUAUCAGGGCAUGCAAGUCUGCUCCAUGCAUCACCAUGUGUGCAAGAAAAAGCUACUGAAGCGACAUGCGAGGCGCGAGCUGCCCAAGUGAGCCCCGUCUGUCGCUGUCGCAAGAGCCGCGGCCCCCGGAGCCUACCCGCACACCCAUCUCCCCGACGCAGCAACAUCAUCAGCAUUCUCUCGUCUGUUCCAUCUCCACGUACCAUCCAGCCAAGCAGCUUCCCUGCUUCUACCUCUCCCGGCACACAUCUUGCGUGCACUUGCAACCGGCACUCUUGGGAUGUAGAAAUACAGAG